AUGUCCGACUCCUCGGCUCCUAGUUCACCAGGGAUUAUUCACGAGUUCCCGCGAGAUCGCAUUGACGAGCACAUCAAUGGCAAUAAUGCUCGCGCGCGUUUGCAGCCCAUGUAUAUCCCACCGCCAUAUCUUCCUGGCGGGAAGCGAGCGCUUUCGGGCAUCUCCCUUCGCGCAUUUGCGUUAGGCCUCGCUGUCGGCGUCUCUACGGUCUUGGGACUGGAACUGGCAUACUGGGACAAUGGGUUGUGGAGGGCUCCAUGCUUCAUUGCGGUCCUCGCGCUAUUCCACUAUCUUGAGUUCGACUUGACGGCAAGAUACAACCCGGCCGAUGCGUCCAUCUCUUCCUUCCUCCUGUCAUCCAAUGGUGUUGGCUAUGCUGCUGCGCAUACCUCGGCCAUGUUGGAGCUCCUUGUUCGAUUUUGGCUGUACUCUAGCUACGCGCCUGCAUGGCUGAGCCUGCCAUUCCACAUCCCGAGGUUACUUCCAUCAAUCCCCGCCUCGGUUUCGGUUGGGUUGGGCCUGACUUUGAUUGUUGUCGGUCAGCUCGUCCGAAGCGCCGCCAUGAGGACAGCCAAGACAAACUUUAACCACAUCGUUCAAUGGUCCAAGAGAGCGGACCACGUCCUCGUGACCGACGGGGUAUACGCCUUUUCCCGACAUCCCUCGUAUUUCGGGUUCUUCUGGUGGGGCCUGGGGACACAAGUGUUGCUGGGAAAUCGCAUUUGCUUUGUUCUUUACGCCGUGAUCUUAUGGAAGUUUUUCCACCACAGGAUCAUCCAUGAGGAACAGCACCUUGUGUCGUUCUUUGGUCAGGACUAUCUCGAUUAUCGUGAACGUGUCCCGGUCCGCAUUCCGUUCAUCCGGUGA